UGUAGGAGCCAAAAAAAAAAAAAAGGGAAGGUCGUGAGAUCCCAAUUUCAAUUCCAAUUUCGCAAAGCUUUUGUUUAGCAAAUUUUCCAUUAAAACGUGCUCCGAAUCUAUUCUUCUCUUCCCCCAAUAAGAUUCCGAUUGAUUUCUCCUCCGAUUCCGAUCACUAAAUUCUCGGCGGUUGUUUUUCCCGGCGAUUCUUUUGUUUUACGAGACCCAAAAAAAAACAAACAUUUGCUUCUUUUGUUGGAUGAUUCUUCUUCAGUGAAAAACAAAAAAAAGAGAUUCUCUCUCUCUCUCUCUCUUCCCGCGCCGGAACAUGGAAUCGGUAUCGUCACGCGGCGGAGACGCCGUCGUAAUGAAUCUUAAACCGUCGAUUGAGGUCUGGCAUUUCCAGAUUGCUGUCUAUUUCGCUUUCGGAUUCUUCUUCUUGAGGCUCGUCCUCGAUAGAUUCGUCUUUCAAAGGAUAGCUGUGUGGCUUUUGAGUACUGGCUCUGCUCCGAUCAAAUUGAAUGAUGCUACUACAAGGGCAAAGAUCGUUAAAUGCAAGGAGUCUUUAUGGAAACUGCUGUACUAUGCUGGUUGUGACAUUUUCGUUUUUAAAGCCGUUUACCACGAGCCGUGGGCUAGAGAUAUCAAACUCUUCUUCGACGGUUGGCCUAAUCAAGAAUUGAAGCUUUCAGUCAAGCUUUACUAUAUGUGCCAGUGCGGUUUCUAUGUGUAUGGUGUUGCCGCGUUGCUUGCAUGGGAGACCAGAAGAAAAGAUUUUGCUGUUAUGAUGUCCCACCAUGUAAUUACAAUCAUUUUGAUUAGCUACUCCUACUUAACCAGUUUUUUCCGGAUUGGAGCAAUCAUCCUAGCCCUUCAUGAUGCAAGUGACGUGUUUAUGGAAACUGCUAAAAUUUUCAAGUACUCUGAAAAAGAAUUCGGAGCAAGUGUGUUCUUUGCACUGUUUGCUAUCUCCUGGCUAUUGCUACGGUUGAUCUACUUUCCAUUUUGGAUCAUCAGGGCCACGAGCAUUGAGCUCCUGGAUUAUUUGGAUAUGACAUCAGCUGAAGGCACAUUCAUGUACUAUUCUUUCAACACAAUGUUACUGAUGCUUCUUGUCUUCCACAUAUAUUGGUGGUAUCUCAUUUGUGCAAUGAUCGUAAGACUGCUUAAAAACAGAGGAAAAGUGGGAGAAGACAUUAGAUCCGAUUCAGAGGAUGAUGAUUAGGCUUUGCAAGCAUGACAGAUACGGAACAUGUUUCCACUUCUCCAACCAAACCAUUUAGCUGCUGAAGAAUUGGGUCUCAGCUUCAUUACCUUACUGAUUAGAGUUGGAGGUAAAAGAAAAGGAGAAAGGUUAUAUAGUUUUCUUUUUUCAGUUUUGUAUUGAUCUCGAGUCUACUUUGACAUUAGACUGCAUAUUCUCUUUGACAUAUAAGAAAGAAAAACAGAAAAUUGGGGGUUCUUGUGUUGUUCAAUGCUGUAUAAAACUAUAUGAAAGUCUUUGUAAAUGCAAUUCCUCAUUGUAUGGUUUACUACACCAUAGUAUUUGUUAUGAAGCUCAUUGUUGAAAUUA